AUGGAAACGAGUUCGACUCCAAGAGAAUCUGUUGGUGUCAGUUAUAAUCAACAACUACGGCAAAAUUUGAACGCCUUCCCUGAAUAUUCAAACAACUCUUACCUAAAUUCGCGAAGUUCACCUCCGAGAUCAAAUCAUCAUGGUCCUUGGAAUGGCUCUGACCAAUGGGAUUGGAACAAAGUUUCAUGGGACUUGGUUAGUUUCGGGAUAUUUCGGAUAUUUGUGGCACUAGGUGUGGCUUUUUCUAUUUGGGUCAGGGACUUAAGUUGGAUGUUAGGCGUUGCAUGCGGGGCUUCCUCAUUGAAUAUAAUUUUUAAGGCCAAUUUUUUAGUUCAAUCUAAACAUCCACCUGUAGGAUUUCUCCCCUUUUUUCUUUUUAUCUCUUUCUUCUUCUCUCAAAUACACUGGAUAGUUUUCAUUUUAGUAACAACCAAUAGAAAACGACGAACGUAUCCUUUGCAAGGUGACAAUAUAUCUUUUGAAGUUGAAUAUAAUCAAGCUAGCCCUUUGAAUACACUUCGUAGAGGAAUUAAAUCAAAUUCAAAUAAGCGAACAUAUGGUGCUGCCCUGCACGCUAGUGAUGAUAUUGACGUUUUAAUUAAUGACGGUGUAAAAACUAAUUCAGCAAUCAACACUUUAUCAGCUAAACGAGGUUAUAAUAUUGUUAGAAUAGCUAAAACUCCUAGUCUGACACCAACAUUUUCUAAGGCCGCAUCGUUACCGAUCCCGAUUGUAUUAUCUGCUGUAAGUUCAGAAGGAAUAGCAAAAUCGUUAAAGAGAUAUAAUAGAAAAAUGAAAUUAAAAGAUAGUGAACUUCCUUUACAUAACCAUAAGAGUAGAGUCAUAACGGAAGAAGUUCAAGUUGAUGGACUAUUGAAAGGACAAAAGAAUGAUGUUAAUAACAACGGUGGUACUUCCAAAACUUUACCAAUUAAUAUUAAAACUGAUAAUGACGAUGAACAAUUAUUAUUGAAUGAUGAUUAUAGUUAUGAAGGAUUGAUUGUAACUUCUAUCGGACGCGGUGGAAACGUUAGGGAACGAGAGAGUGUAUAUUUUCAACCACCAAAAGAAGAUUUUCUUGAUUUUAAAAUAUCUUCUAUAGAUGAUGAAUUCGAUUAUGAAAACAAUAGAACUUCCGCAGCAAGGGUUUGUGAUGAUUCUUCGGAUUCGAGUGAUGAAUUCUCUCCGAAAAAACGUCGUGAAAAAUCUGCAUUCAUUGAAAUUAAUUCCAAUAAUAAAAAAGCUUCGACUUCACAUGAAAAAGCUUAUGCCCUACGUAAAUAUCCAAGUGAAGGUUUUGGUGAUGAAGAAGAUAAUGAUUUUAACUUUACGAGAGAUGGUGGUGAUUUCGUUGGGAGUGCACCAGUUGGUAAUGGGAGAUGGUCUACUUUGAAGAGGAAAAAGUUUGAUAUAUUUAAUAAUAAUCGAUUUAAUGAAAAUGUUUUGAAUAUUGAUGAAGUAGAAAAUGAUAUUUCAAAAAAUUCUUCAAGGCAAGAUCAGAAUUUGAAAGAAAUUGAAUUUAUUAAUGAUAAAAAUGCUAAAGAGAAAAUUAAUUAUGGACCCAUUAUGUCCUCUAAUUCUAGUUUAUUGACUGCUGCAUUUAGUUCUGAAUUAUUUUUAAAAAAUAAUUCUACUAUCGAAUCAUCUAAGAAAUCCGAAUUUACUGAUGAUCAAAAUGAUCAAAACGAACAAUCAUGUAAAACAAAUAAUUUUGAAUCACCUCCAAACCUUAGUAUUUCGAAUUCAUCAAUAAUUAAUUUCACACCAAAAUCAUCCUCGCCUUUAGCUUCUCGUGUUCCAAUUUUAGCUACAACUGAAAACAAAAUUGAAAACAGCGACAUAACAAAAGUUAAUAAUGUUACAAAAUCAAAUAUUCUUGAUAAAAAAAUUAGUCUUCCACCUCCUCCUUUAUUGUCAAAUUCAAUAGAAACUGCCGAAGUCUUGUUAUCUCCAAUAGCAGAAGAAUCAAAUCCAUUAUUAUUAAAAAGAAAUAAAAAUCUUUCGCACGUCAACAAAAACACUGACGUUGAAUCUAAUAAUAAUAACAAUAACAGGAAAUCAAAUCAUUCUCGUGAACCUUCAAAUUCGCUUCAAAUGUUAUUUGUUGAUAUUCAAAAAGAAAAUGGCCGAGAAGAAAUUUCAAAAAGUUCAAAUUGUAAUUUAGAAAUAAAUAAUGAUAACGAUAAUCAGACAAUCUUUACGAGGAAUUUUAAUUUAGCAGUAAGAAAAUCAUGGAAUAAUGAAUUUUAUGAAGCAGAAAAAAUAUUUAAUCAGUUUAAAGAUGUUAUACCAAGAUGGAAUGUUGCUUAUGCUGAAAUGCAAUUAAUUAAGAAUUUCAUGACAGGUCAAUCAUUAGAUAAGGAAGAUCCAGAAUUAACUAAGGCUCUUUUAGAAGCUGAAAAGUUGGCGAUAAAAGUUUGUGAAAACAAGGAUGAUUUUUUUAGAACAGACAUAUGGAAGGUAUAUAUUAAACCAAAUAGCAAUCCAACGGAAGAUGAAGCGUGUUACGCGUCAUUACGUGCGAAUUAUCGAUGGGAUUGUGAACUAGCAAUGGCAGAUAUUCUUCUUUUCCAUGCAGUUUUACAAGUUGUUGGAGGAAGCGAAAUUAAAGGCGCAUUUAAUUUACGUAAAGUAUGGAAAACUUAUUCAAAAGUUCGUGAUGAAAUUGAUAAAAUUAAAGGAGAUUCCAGAAAGCAUUAUAUUCAUAAAAAUGAUUCAAGUAGUUCAAGCAGUAGAUGGAGUUUUGGAAGUGCAAUCUUAGGAAGAAGAGGAAGUUUAAGUAAUAUGGUUGGAUUUGGUGGAAGCAAGAAUCAUAAUCAGGAUGGAUCAAAUGCUACACUUGAUGGAAUUAAUAAUGUAGAAAUAUAUCCUGACAUUGAAGAUUGUUUAGAAUUUGGAAUUGGGGUAUUUUAUUUUAUCGUUUCAAUUGUACCAGGUUCGUUCCAAUCAAUAUUAAAAGCGAUUGGAUUUAAUGCUGAAAGAGAGAAAGGCAUCCAAAUGUUAGAAAAUUGCCGUUUACGUGACGGAGUUAGAGCACCUUUUGCUGCAUUAUUCCUUCUUUCAAAUUAUUUGUUUCUUUCGCGGGGACUUGUUGAUCCAACCCCCUCGUUAAGUAAAGCAGGUUUAAUUGUUCAAGAAUGUGUUGGAAAAUAUCCAAAAAGCUCACCAUUCUUAUUUAUGGCAUGUCAACAAGCAAGAAAAACUGGACAAAUAAAAGAAGCCAUAAAAUAUAUAACGAAUGGAAUAAGUAGUAGUGAAAUGAUUGGAAUUACAAGUACAAAUUAUAGAUUUGAAAAAGGAAUGACAUAUUUAAUAAAUCUUGAUUUCUCAGCAGCAAAAGAUAUAUUUGAAUUAUUAUUUUACGGUAAUACUAUAGUAUUUACAGGAAAAAAUGGUUCCAUAAGAUUACAAGGAUCAAUUCAUGGAUCUUUUCACGGUUCUUCCCGUUUACUUUCACGAGACGGAAAUACAAAGAAGAAUAAUGCAUUAUUACAAUUUUUUGAAUUUGAAUUAAGACCUUUUUGUGGAUUAUGUUUAGCAGGAUGUUAUCUUAUACUUAAAUCAGGUCAACAAGCAAUUAAAGAAGCGUUAGAUGUUCUUAAACAGACAAAAGCUAUGACAAAUCAAGAUACCGAAAGUAGUAGCAAUAGUGUAGCAAAUAGUAUUGGAUUAUUGGGAACAAGUGCAAGUGGAUUGGUUGGUUUUGGAGUAGGAGGAAACAAUUCAUCUGAUAAAAAAGAACCAAAAGCCAAUAGGUACAAUAAAUUUGCAGGACGUCAUUCGGCCAAAUAUGUAGAAAAGAAUUCAGUUAAUCCAUUUUUAUUAUUUAUUUUAUUAUAUCUAAGAAGAGAUCUUUUUUAUAUGUCUUUGGAAUUAAAAAAGAGGUGGGCGAAUUUAUUAGAAUCUAUUUGGAAGAAUCUUAAAGAACCCACCGAUCCAGAAAUAAGUGCUGUCUAUUUACUUAUUCGGGGAGUCUUUGAAAAAUUCUUAAAUAUCGAUGAUCCUACAAUAGCACAAAAAUCACUUUGUGAAUGUUUAGCAAUGGAAACAGGUAUUGUCACAGAGACAUGGGUGAUUCCACAUUGUAGAUAUGAGCUUGGAGAAUUAUUUUAUAAGCAAUUUGGUAAUCAAGAAGCGGCAAUGGAACAAUUUAGAUGGAUAUUAAAAGGACCAAGGCCAAUAUCACGUGGUGGAUUAAUACCACGUAGAGACAGUAGUUUAAGCUUAGCAUCGUUAGCUUCUAGAACAUCAUCAAUGGAUUCUAAUUCAUCUAUUUAUUUACCUAAUAAUCCCGAUAGGUUUAAGAACUAUGAAUUUGCCAAAGUCCUAAAACAUCGUUGUACUGUUGCAACUGAUCAAAUAAGACUAAAUGUUAUACAGCCUACAAACAUUAUUGAUAAUAGCAAAGUAGAACAGCCACAAUCACAAAGUUCUUAUCAUAGUCGAAAGAAGUCUGGUUCAACUUCAAGUUUAUUAAAAGAAAUACAAGAACAGUCUAUAUUACAAAAGAAACAGAAACAAUCUACACAAAAUCAAAAACAAUCAUCUUCAGAAAAUAAAUUCAUCAAGAGACAUAAACCAAGGUCAAUGAGUUUACCUCAGCAAGAUAUUAGUGAAGAAAGUAGAAAUAAUAAUAGUGGAGGCACAAGUUACUCUAGUAGUAAUAAAAGUGGAUUAAAGAGUAAAUUAUCGGGAUUUAAAUUUAUAAAAUAA